GAUAAGCAUGGAUGGCGGCGAGGGGUGGCGCUCCGUGAGAUGCGCCGGUAGUGUGCAGGAUAAGACGAUGAUCAACAGGUUGAUGCUAAGAUUCCGACCCAUCGCUCCAAAGCCGGAGGUCGGAGGGCCUCUACUUGGUCCAUCGCCGACGUUUAGGGAUAUCGCCGUUGUUCCUGCACGGAGAACCAAGAGAAAGUACGUUAGGGUUCGGAGGAGUGGUAAAGAGUCUAAGAACGGUAGGGAGCGUUCUGUAGCACAACUAGAAGAACUAAAAAGCAGGUCGGAGACCACGCUGCAACUGUUACAGGAGAAUCGUGCGGAACAAAGGGUCUCAUCAAAAGGUGGAGCCUGGGAUAGUGCUAGUAUGUAUGAAUGUCAGGAAGAUGGUGGCCCUUUUAUUCGGCUGAACUUGAACCUGAACUUGAACUUGAUGAAUGAUCGUGAGGAAGCGCUAGGUGAGAUAGCAGUGAUGUCUCCAAGGAGGAAGGAAGCGGAAACGUGGGUAACGGUGGACUACGUGAGUGAGACGUGCAUGGAUGCGCUAGGGUUAGGGCGUACAGACAUGGAGAAUUUAACUAAUCUGGGAGGGGAUACGUGUCCAGGGUUCGUAUCAGACAGGUUAAAUAGGGUUGUGUGGGUGAAUAGAGCGUUUAGGAAGAUGGUCAUGGGCCUGAAUCAUCAUGAAGAUGAAGAGCCACCUGAGAUGGAGGUGAGAUUAGUGAUGAGAGAACGAUUGGCGUACAGUGCUUUCACGUGCCAGUUGAAAGUGCAGUACACGUGGUGGAAGGGGAAAUUCUCGCAGAUGGUUCCUUGUGAUGCGUGGAGAAUGGACUGUGGUGGAUUUGCAUGGAGGUUGGACGUAAAAGCUGCCCUCAAGUUGGGUCGCUAACUAAUAUUAAACGAGAUCAAUGUUGCUUUCGAAGAUGAAUCGUACAGAAUCGGCAACGAACUAACCAAUAGUUAGCAAAAGAAAGAAGGCAUUGGAUAAAGAUAACAUGCACCCACCAAACAAUAUUCACAUUGACCCUACACACCCGACACAUGGAAAAUACUUUGUCAUCUAGCUUUCUGGGAAGACCAAUACGCUGUUAGUUUAUUGUGCAAAAUCACUGACUUGCUGUUGCAGGGCAGUUUAUAGGGUUAAUUGGAGAGAACCUGAGUUGGCCUUGGGUUAUAUGUAACGCUAUGGCAACUUAGCAAUUAUAUAUCUUUGUUUGUAGUGUGUAUACUGUAUAUAUGUAGCCAUCACAUUUUUGCAACAGCUGGGCCGCACCCUCGUCCCUUGCUUGACCUUAUAGCUAAAUUGUGAACGGAGCUGCACAGCAUGUCUAUCCACGAUAGACGAUCAAUCUGAAAAAGAAUGAGCGCAGGCUAUACAUUAUAAAAUAAAUUAGGGAUGCACUUAAACAAGAUGCAUGUAUAGAUUCUUUAUAAGGUCAACUUAUCCUACUCAAGUUCUAUACUAUGGCGCUUGGUAUUUGCUCCUCAAUUUAUGCCGGUGUUUCUGAUAUAUCACAUACGUAUCUUUUAUUCAAUUAUAUAUGCUUAUCAGAAUGCCUCGUUUUGUGAAGAAUUCAUAUUAUCACAUUAUGUAUCUAUUCAGGGCCAGCAUGCGUAACUCUCAAAAGUAUAUUCAAGGCACAUUUAGGAUAUGUUUUUAUGAAAUCCAACAAAUAGUUGGAUCCCUCAAAUGGAUUUUUGUUAGAUGCAAAUCGAAAACCAGAUACACACAUAGAGAAUCAAUAUUAAACUUCGAAAUCUCCCUGGGAGAAGCUUACCAAACGCAUUAUUUAUGUGCUUGAUUUUUGCCGCGACACAGUAACAGUCCCAAGACUAGAUAAAGGUCUCUAGUCUUAAUUUGAGUGUGCUGUGGUUCGCUCUUUGUUAGGAAAUGCAGCAUACACUCACUCAGACUCGCGCAUGUUCAUCACUUGUCAUUGUUAUAUAUUAAUAGAAUAUGAGAGUAAAAUUUAUGACAUAGAAACGUUGGUAAAAUUAAAGAAUAACAUAUUCUGAACUAUGAGACCGGAGGGUAAACUUGUUUCUUUAGAUGUGGGACAUUUACUUAGCAAACGGUGAAGAUCUCUGCCUUCAAAAUAUUGAUGUGUUGGAUGCAUGAUACGGUACUAUAAAAUGGAAACUUUUUGUUGAAGGAUUACAUAAAUAAAUGUACGGAGUGGUGAAGGAACAAAGAUUUAGAAGAUAUCCAAAGAUUUGGUAUCUAGCCAUUGAUUUGCGAUAUCUUAAAAUCAAUAUUGAUUAUGUUGAUUGUAUAGUGUAGUAGUGUACGAUGAUGUGAUAAACCAACAAGUUGAAGAGACAAUGUUUAAUCAACCUGGCUGCAGAUUGGAUGCUUAGAUAGGGAAUAUAAUUUGAGUUGAAAUAUGAUUCACAAAUUAGGGUCAAAAUUAAUAUUUUACGCUUGCUUUAAGUAGGAAUACAUCUACUUAUUCCUAACAAAAUUUGACAUGGGAAAAAAAUAUAUCAAUAAAUCCGUUAUGAUGUACAACUCCGGCUUCAAUAUUUAUCUAAUUUAUGGCCUCCCCUUUUUUUCUGGGUCAGUACAUUUUGAAGUGAACCGAUACGGUCUAAGUUGUUUCAAAAUGAAUGUGGAAUUUAUUUUCUAUUUUUUUAAAAAUACCGUACCCACAUUGCCCUGUUCUUUAUCACUUGAGGUAGUCUCAUAUGGCUUAUAAUUUAAAUUAUAGCUUGUCAUAAUCAUUAUUUUUACAUUUGAAUAAUUAUUUAGACUUCUAUUUUUUUUUUGGUUUUCCAUGAGCUUUAUUUAAACAUGUUUUUAAUAAUUUGAGUUGAUACCUUUUUAUGUUUUAUAUGUGUGUUGAUAUGUGUUGAUAUGUCUAUAUUUUAUAUCUCAUCUUUAUUAUAUUCUAGAAAAUUAAUAAAAAUAUAUAUAUCAUGACUCACCUAUCAUGUUAUGUUACACGUAUAUCUUUAGCCGCAUCAUUACUUUAUAGAUCAAGCU